AUGGCAACCACAAAAACAAAAAUCGCUGACGAUGCCGGCUCAAAUAAUUGGUUAAAGGAAAGAGCUGCCAUAUCUGCUGCUCAUAGACGUCAAAAAACUGACCCUGCGGUUGCCCGUCUCAUUGAAAAGGCCGAUCAAUUACACAAGGAACGUACACAGAAACAUUUACAAGAGGAAGAAACCGUUGAUGAUGAGGCCAACGAUGAAGUUCCUGAACCUAAUGCUGAAAUUAAAACCCCUCGUAAAAUGAAGAACUCGUUUCGUCGAAGCUUGUUACCUUCACCGCUUAAUUAUUCGAUGCCGUCAACUGAAGACGACGAGGAAGAAGAUAUUGAUGCCAUUGUUAGCGUUCCUCCACCUGAGGAAAUAGUUGUAAAAGUCGCCCCAAAAACUGUUGAAGAAACACCUGUAUCCAACCAUACUAAAGAAUCCACAGAAGAAAUAUUACGUUCAUUUGCUGAGUCAGUUCUUGAGCAGGGACUAACAACAGAUUCCUCAUUAGAACUAUCUUUCGAUUUAAAACCAGAGGAUAUUAAA